GAUCUCAGUAUUUAUUUGUCUUUGUAACAUGCGAAAGGGCAUUUGUGCGGACUAGCUCCCACCGGGGGGGGGGGGGGUGUGUGUUCAGAACUUAAAAUGGCAGCAUCCCUUCCCUCUCAGUAUCGUUCUGUUUUAUGGCUUUGAUUUUAUUGCUUUCUAUUUCUUACUAUCUAUUUCUCUUAACUCAUAACGUGGGGCUGACUUCAUUGCCAAAGUAAAACCUCCUGGGAUUUUUCUUAUUAGGACUUCCUUUUCUUUGUGAAAUUAUUUUUUUCCUAUUAAUGUUAGGUAGGAUUAGGUAGAGUAUCUUGCUGCUUGUUCUUAGAGGGAGAUUCAUUUUCCAAUUCUGUUUUCCCUGGUGGCUGAGCUUGCAAAUGUUAACCUGCUGUCAGUGGGAUUUCUUACUGAAGUAAUUUCUGCUCUGUAGAUUGUAAGUGGACAGGAUCAAACCAGCUUCCAUUUCCAGAAAGGUGGGAAGGGAGGAGACGGAAACAUAUCAAAUUCAGGGGAGGGCAGAAGUAAUGCCAAGGAUUUCCUCUCCACCACUUAAAAGCGUUUAUUUAAAGGCACUUACUGCAUUAGACUAACAGUUUUGCAUCCCAAAGGUGCUAAACAUGACUGAGGAUAAAAAAGCCUUUGUUGAUAAGAUAGAUAAAGCAUUGGCAAAGUCUGAAGGGCUUACCUUGAAGGAUCUGCUGUUCUAUCAGGGGACCCCCUAUCCUGUCACGGUGUGCAGUGUGGAAACGUUCCAAGCCCUGAAGAACCUGGAAGCCAGAAGAGAUGAUGUGGUGCUGGUGUCCUACCCCAAAUGUGGUGUGAACUGGCUUAUCCAGAUUUUAAGUGAUUUGAUAUUUACAACUCUCCAUAGUAAACCUGUAGGCACAGAACUGCUAUUUAUUGAAUGUGGAGUUCCAGAUAAGUAUCAGAGGAUGAAGCAGAUUCCAUCUCCAAGGGUUUUGGCAACACAUCUGAAUUAUGAUUGCCUCCCCAAGUAUUUCAAGAACAAAGCCAAGAUACUAGUGCUGUUUCGAAACCCUAAAGAUACAGCUGUUUCAUUUUUCCAUUUCCACAACAACGCGCCAAGUGUCCCCAGUUACAGCUCCUGGGAUGAGUUCUUCUCAGAGUUCGUGAAUGGGAAAGUCGUCUGGGGAUCCUAUUUUGAUCAUGCAGUCACCUGGAACAAACACAUUGAGGAUGAGAAUACUAUGAUCAUAAUAUAUGAGGACCUGAAGGAGAAUUUGACUGCCAGUGUAAAGCAGAUAGCGGAAUUCUUUGGAUUCUCCCCAACAGCAGAGCAGAUCCAGUCCAUUGCAGAGAGGGCCACUUUCCAGGCAGUGAAAUACAAGGCACAAGAGACCCAUGGUGCUGUUGGCUCAAUUCUUUUCCGCAAAGGUGUUGUUGGAGACUGGAAAAAUCUUUUCACUAAAGCUCAGAACCAGGAAAUGGAUGCCAAAUCCAAAGAGUGCUUAGGAGGAACUAAGCUGGGAGUGAAGUUAAAAUACGAUGUGUACUGCAAGGCCUGAACCUCCUUUAGAGGAAAAACUCAUGUCCAGGCUGCUUUUCACUCACUUUUAUGACAUAAAACAGAAACCAGGACGAUAUCUGAUUUUAGAAUUUUGAAAAUCGAUGCAAUUUGUAAACCUGUUUCUGCUGCCUUAACUUACACAAGCAAACCUUGCUCAUACAGUUACUAUCAUUGACUUAACUGGAUUCUCUUAAAUGACCUGUAGUUUUGCCUCACUGGGUUUUUAACACUGAUUUUUUUUUUUAGCUAUGAUUUCAUGUUAUGUGGUAAAAUCCUGUGUGGAAUAUAUAUGCAGUAGUUAAACCUGCUGAAAUCACUGGAAAUGUAUUUGGUGUGUUGGAAGUGAUAUUCUGAGAUUUUUUUAUAACAAUGAUGAAGUGUCAUUUUGAUUCUAAAUUUCUUAAUUCAUAAUAUUCAUAUGUGAUUUUAAUUUCUUAGUUCAUUGUGUAAAAUGAAAUUUCAAAAGGUCCUGUUGUAGUUGUCUUUUGCCACUUCCUGUGUGCUGAUAAACGUGUGAAAAAAGUAAAGGAACUCAGUGGUGGAAAUUUUC